GCAAAUUUCAACUUUUCAAAUUCGCAUCCAGCUUCUGCCACUCAUUUUACGGCCGCAUGCACCAUGGAUGAUCAACUGAUGGACAUGCGAACCCUUAUUCAAGACUCUUUGGACGAUAUUUUGUCCCCUCGUACGGCAUAUACUGGUAAAACAACUGCCCUGCAGCGCCUAGAGCAUCAACUGUCGAUCUGUGUUCAGAAAGAAUCAGAAAUCCUUGACUUUUUGUUGGCUCUACAGCACACAUUUGAGUGUAAUAUACCACUACGGUUAAUGCCAUGGAUAGCAGAAGUUUCAGCUGAACUUCAAACCCUCUUAAAUAGGGGAGUACCUGACGACAAUGAUAGCAUUCAAAUAUCUCAACUCUUGGACCAACUCUCACUUUCUUUGUCUCUUAUUCAAGGCAUUGUCAUGUUGCACCCUCCCAGCAAAACGUAUCUUGGUCGGAAAUACCCCGUGGAGAUAUUCAUUGAUCUACUCGUGACUUCACGUCGCGCAUCUUGUCCAUCAGAUCCAAACUCGUCCGGCUCUCUUCUCAAAUCCCGCGAAUUACAAGCGCCACUCUCAUCCAUUGUCAUGGACGCCCUCCUUUGUAUAUUAGUCGACUCUUCUGUUGCUCUGCGCUCGUUUGAAGAGUGCAAUGGAGUCCAGGCUAUUGUCAAAAUUCUCAAACGCGCUGGGACUCCUCGUGAAGUUAGAAUGAAAUGCUUAGAAUUCCUAUACUUCUACCUGCUGGACGAGAGUCCCUCUGCAGAGACUGGUGCUUUGAAGCACCCUACAUCAGUGCCGCCCAUCACCACAACUCCGGUGACACCUGUUGCUACGACAUCCUUGCGACCGAAAAAACCAUACAUCAACGGGAAGCCGACGCGUCCCAUGUCAUGUUAUGGCUCCUCCACUUACUCCUUCUCAUCUAGUUCUGGGAGUGCAGCAUCUACCUCUCAAUCUGGGUUCACAACGAGCUCUGGAAGUACAACCCUUUCUGUGAGCUCCAGCACCUUCUGUUCAGGUCAAACGUCCCGGUCAACAUCCACCAGUUCUGCUGAAUCCUUUUCAUCGACGUCGUCUGUUGCCUCAGCCUCGACUGCCGUGUCUUCUGUACAGUCAUCCCCAACAAAGACGACGGCCGACCCUUUACCUGUAUCAAAUACGCCAGUCAAUAUUCCUCCACCAGUAUUCAGGCCAAAGUCUCUGUACAUGUUGCAGCGGGACCUCGAUUUCGUACCUGAGAGUCCCCAAAGGCCCACAGCGAGCUCUGUUGCAAAUACGAGCCUCUUGCGACCUCAUCCGGGGAAAAGUGUGUCUCAAACAACUACAAGAUGCCGAUUGGGCUCGGCCUUUGUUCUUGACACGAGUCCUAAGAGGACCGGAGUCGUGGAGAAGGUUCGGACAACUGAAGAAAAGAAGGAAAUUCUUGGUACUAUGUUGGGGAAUGUCGAUGCGUUGGUGGAAGGUGUUCGGAGGGUGGGUGUCUGGGGACUGGGAUAGGUUUCGUGUAGCUAUAUGUAUCGCAUUUGGGAUACCCCAUCUUUUCUCUG